CCGAGCGGCUGCAUUCGGAACCCCCGUGCGAGAGGCCAGCAUCAUCCACACUUUUCCAACACUCAAUACUCAUGGCUGGCGGUCCUUCUAAUUCUAAGCUCGGUAGGGGUUUCCUGAGGAACUGGUUUGCCGUCGAGGCAACGCCUCUCUACGCCAUCGUCGGCAUAGUCGUUGUUGGCGGUACCUGGUAUCUCUCGCGCCUCGCCCGCGGAUCCAGUGUCGUCUGGACCAAGGAGAAUCCCACCCCUUGGAACGACAUUAAGCCCAAUGAAAGCACCAAGAUUUUGAAUGUUAACCACCAGCUCGACAAAUCAUGGGAACGUCGCAAGCUCUAAAGUAAACGCGAAUGCGCUUUCCGCCCUGAUUCUGUCCGUCUCCUGUAUCUCCUACAAUACACUAUGGAAACAUUUUCUCGGGGAGAGCCCGUCGCAUUCUGAACGGGUCACCUCGUGACUGU